AUGGGCGCGACAGAAGAAAAGAAAGAUGAAGCGCCAAAAAACUCUGUUCCAUAUUUCAAGCUCUACCGCUUUGCCACAUGCUCGGACAAGCUUAUGAUCGCUAUCGGAUGGCUGAUGUACAUCGUCGUUGGAAUCUGCGAGCCGCUGAUGAUCGUUUUCUUUGGCGGAGCGAUGCGCGAAUUCGUCUCUGUCGGAAAACUCGACCCUUCUGCUUUUUGGAAUGUCACUGACAUGUGCAAACUUACGCUUGGAACUCUCACCGACACCGAAAAAGACAUGUUCGAGGGUUUCGAUGAUGGCAUUUCAGCCACUUCAUCCAUGAUGAAAAACAUCUGGUGGUUUGUUGGACUCGGCGCUACAGAAUGGAUUACUGGAUGGAUUGGCACUUGGCUUUUGAUGCUUUCUGCGGAGAAUCAAAUCAACAGAAUCAGAGCAAAAUACUUUGCCUCCGUUGUUCGCCAGGACAUGAGCUACUUUGACACCGUCGACGUCGGUGAAAUCAAUGCCCGAAUGUUCGAAGACAUCAAAAAGAUCCAGGAAGGCAUCGCCGACAAAGUAGGAAUGGUCAUUCAGUCGAUCUUUCAAACGGUCGCCGGUCUCGCUAUCGCUCUUUAUUUCGGCUGGGAGCUUGGCCUCGUCUGUAUCGCUACGAUUCCGUUGAUCGCUCUUGGUGGAUUUGUUUGGAUGGUGGCGCAGUCGAACGAGUCGAAAAAAGAGCUCGACAAUUACACCGAAGCUGGUGGCGUCGCUGAAGAAGUUCUUGCUUCAAUCAAGACUGUUACUGCUUUCAACGGGCAGAGCUUUGAAAAUGGACGAUAUUCGAAGCCAUUGGCGCAAGCACAAUCUCAAGGCAUCAAGAAAGCUGCCAUGUCUGGCUUCGCCGUUGGCUUUUUUAAUCUUUCGAUGUUUGCCGUCUACGGUAUCGCCUUCUGGUAUGGUUCGGAAAUGGUCAUUCACGAGGGCUACGAUGUUGGAACCAAGAUCAUCGUUUUCUUCUCCGUUCUCAUCGGUGGUUUUGCGAUUUCCAUGGUUGCCACGAAUGCUGAAUACCUCGGAACUGCGACGACUGCAGCUUACUCUGUGUUUGAGCUCAUCGACCGAGUUCCUGAAAUCGACAUCUACUCCGAGGAGGGUGCCAAGCCAGUAAUCCAAGGAACCAUCGAAUUCCAGAAUGUUGACUUCACCUAUCCAUCCCGAAAAGAACAAGGCGUCCUCUCUGGCGUGAGCUUCAAAGCUGAAGCUGGUAAAACAACUGCUCUUUGCGGUGCUUCCGGCUGCGGCAAAUCGACUUGUUUCCAACUCAUCCAACGAUUUUACGACGCAGCUCAAGGUCGAAUUCUCAUCGAUGGGCAAGAGCUCAAGAGUCUCAAUCUCGCCUGGUUCAGAGAAAACAUCGGUGUCGUCAGCCAAGAACCUGUCUUGUUCGACGGAACUGUUGAAGAAAACAUCACUCUUGGAAGACUCGAUGUGACGAAGGAAGAAAUCACUGAAGCGUGCAAGCAAGCGAAUGCCUUGGAUUUUAUCCAGAAGCUGCCUUCGACUUGGGAAACGAAUGUUGGAGAAGGUGGAGCGACCCUUUCUGGUGGUCAAAAGCAGCGAAUCGCUAUUGCUCGAGCCCUCGUCCGAAACCCAAAAAUUCUCCUCCUCGAUGAAGCCACCUCCGCCCUCGAUACUGAGUCCGAAAAGAUCGUCCAGCAAGCCCUCGAAAAAGCCUCCGUCGGCCGAACUACCCUCGUCAUCGCUCAUCGACUAUCUACGAUCAAGAACGCCGACAAGAUUAUUGGCUUCAAAAACGGAAAGAAAAUGGAAGAAGGAAAUCACGCUUCUCUCCAAGAAAUCGAAGAUGGCGUCUACAAAACACUCUGCAACAUGCAAUCUUUCUCAAUGGAACAGGAAAAGGUCGAAAGUGAGACGUCUUUGAAAGGAGCUGAAUCGAACAAUCAAGUCGUAGAAGCUAAGAAAUCGAAAGAAUCAAGUGUUGAAGAAUCCGAAAAAUCCGAGAAGAAAAAGGAUGGCGAGGAAGAAUCAGAAGAAGAAAUCGCCAAGCGAGAAGGCCUCCCAGAAGUCGGUUUCGGCCAAAUUCUCGGCAUGAACAGCCCUGAAUGGUUUUACAUCACGAUUGGCUCCAUCUUUGCCCUUUUUACCGGAGCUGUGCAACCACUCUGGGCCCUUAUCUUUGCCGGUGUCCUCGACAACUACUCCCAGUUUAACUGCGUUUGGAAUGAGAAAAUUAAAGAGUUAGAUAGUACUGCUUACGCCAAUGGAACUGCUGACGUCACGCUUUUCGACGAAUUGACUAUUCCUCUGAACAUCACCGAAAUUAAAGAAAACCACGAAUGGUGCGACGAAGCAAAACUCGUUGAUUUGAACAAUAUGAAAGCUAUCGAAUUCGUGAUCAUGGGUGUUGCACUUUUCUUCGGCUUUGGAAUUCUCCACUUGAUGUUUGGAAUUUCUGAUAUGAGCUAUUUCGACGAGCCAUUGAACUCGACUGGUAACUUGACUGCCCGACUUGCCUCUGAUGCUGGAAAGGUUCAAGGCGCUACUGGACGAAAAAUCGGCGAAGGCGUCAUGAACCUCGGCGCUUUUGGCUGCGGUCUUGGAAUCGCCUUCUACUACUCUUGGCAGCUGUCACUUGCGGUGUUUGCGUUUAUGCCAGUCAUCAUCAUUACAAACGCGUUGAUGAUGCAGGUGAUGAUGAACAACCACGGCGACGGAGAGCAGAAGAACAUCGAAGAAGCGAGCAAAGUCGCUACCGAAACGACCAACAACAUCAGAACUGUCGCCGGUCUCGGCCGCGAAAAGCACUUCUGCAAACUUUACUCGAACAAUAUGGACGCUUUGGCUGCUCGAAAAGGAAAGACAAUCUUCAAGUACGGACUUCUGUACGGUGCAACUCUUGGAUGCAUGCAUUUCAUGUACGCGACUACUUUCUGGUUCUCAUCCUGGUUGAUUGACAAUGACUACAUCGAUUCUAGCGCUAGUUCCGACGUCAUGAGAAAAAACACUUCGAUCCCAACUAAAGCCCAAUCCGCCGGUGUAGCCGCUAACUCCGGCAAAGCAAAUCUCGCUGCUCGUCGAAUCGUGAAACUUUUCGAAACCGCUCUCAACAUCGACCCUGAAUCAACAGAAGGCGAAAAACCUGAAAUCAGGGGCAAGGUUGAGUUCGCUGCCGUCGAGUUUUCUUAUCCAACCCGAGCCGAAUUCCCUGUCCUCAAGGGCAUCCAAACAAACGUUGAGCCCGGACAGACUCUCGCUCUUGUCGGCCAAUCUGGCUGUGGAAAAUCGACAUACACAACCAUCCGUGAAAACAUUCUUUACGGCCUCGACGAUGGAGAAAACAGCGGUAAACCGAACAAAGUUGGCGUCUCCUCGAUUUCCGAUGCCGACAUUGAAACCGCUCUUCGGGAGGCAAACGCUUACAACUUCGUCAUGGAUCUUCCUCAACGGCUCGAAACUCGAUGCGGCAAAAAGGGAUCGCAACUCAGUGGCGGUCAGAAGCAGCGAAUCGCCAUUGCUAGAGCUCUGAUCCGAAAGCCAAAGAUUCUGCUUCUCGAUGAAGCUACUAGUGCGCUCGAUACUGAAAGCGAAAAGAUCGUCCAAGACGCACUGGACAAAGCUCGACAAGGCCGAACCGCAAUCCUGAUCGCUCACCGACUCUCCACCGUCAUCAAUGCUGACGUCAUCGCUGUUGUUGACAACGGUGUCAUCGUUGAAUCCGGCAAGCAUCAAGAUCUUAUCGACAAGCGAGGAGCAUACUAUCAUCUGAUUAAAUCUCAAUUGUAA